AUGGACUUCAACAAGGGCAUCAUUGCGGCGCACAACGCCAAGCGACGGAUCCACGGCGCUCCGGACCUGGUGUACAACGCGACGCUGGCAGCGAGCGCGCAGGACUGGGCCAACCGGUGCCACUUUGCGCACGGCAGCGACGGCGUCCUCAAGUGGGGCGAGUGCCUCGAGGCCGGCUCGAUGCCGCCGGGCAACGGCUCGGUGGCGGUCGACUACUGGUACAGCGAGAGCCAGGGCUACGACUACACGAAGGAGGUCGACGACAGCCACCCGGCCCAGGCGGCGGGCCACUUUGUCCAGAUGAUCUGGAAGUCGACGAGCAGCAUCGGCUGCGCCUACGCCGCCUGCAGCGAGGAUCAGAUGCAGAUGCCGGGAUUGGGACCAAAAGGCAACUUCAUUGUCUACUACACCUACGGCGGUGUCGCGGGCGAGUAUGUUGCCAACGUGCUGCCUCCCAAGCCGGGCAUGCAGGAUGUCACGGACCCGUCCAAGAUGGGUACGCUCAAGGGCGUGCGCCUUGGCGGAGACUUUCACGGCUACGACCACCACUAG